CGGCCACUCAGCGCAUGCGCGGAACCGGAAGUCCGCCAGGCAUUGCUUCUUUAGGGCCCUUCUAUGCUACUGAACUGAGGCGUCUCUAUAGCCCGCGGCUGCCGCUCGCUCGGGGAGCUGUGAGGGAGGGGGAGUGGCGGCGCCUCCGGCUGCCUCGCGGGGAGCCGGCGCGGGGGGAUGGGCGAGAGUACCAGUCCCAUCAGCGUGAUCCUGGUAAGCCAAGGAGCAGAUAUGCUGUGAAUAGCACUAAUGACAACACAGAAGACCAAGAUGGAGACUCCAGAGAGCAAUGUCCUCUAACUGAUGAGCAAUUGGUUUCAGGAUUUUCAGAUGUCAUCCUGGCAACAAUUUUGGCUACCAAAUCAGAUAUGUGUGGCAAAAAAUUUGAGCUGAAGAUUGAUAAUGUCCGUUUUGUUGGCCACCCUACCUUGCUGCAGCAUGCCCUCGGGCAGGUAUCCAAAACUGAUCCAUCACCAAAGAGAGAGAUGCCCACCAUGAUUCUCUUUAAUGUUGUAUUUGCCUUAAGGGCCAACGCAGAUCCAUCGGUGAUCAACUGUUUACACAACCUCUCUCGUCGAAUUGCCAUAGUUCUACAGCAUGAGGAGCGUCGUUGUCAGUACCUGACCAGAGAGGCCAAGCUGAUCCUAGCCAUUCAGGAUGAAGUGUCUGCCAUGUCAGAAACAGAAGGUCCGCAAUCACCUUUCCAUCACAUUCUACCCAAGUGCAAGCUGGCCAGAGACCUCAAGGAGGCUUAUGACAGUCUUUGUACUACAGGGGUGGUGCGAUUGCACAUCAACAACUGGCUUGAAGUGAGUUUCUGUCUGCCUCAUAAAAUCCAUUAUGUUGCAACAAGCUUUAUACCUCCUGAAGCGAUUGAAAGAAGCCUGAAAGCUAUUAGGCCUUACCAUGCCUUAUUACUACUGAAUGAUGAGAAAUCGUUGCUUAAUGAGCUCCCAUUGGACUGUUCCCCGGCCCUGGUGAGAGUGAUUAAAACUACCUCUGCUGUGAAGAAUCUGCAGCAGCUGGCUCAGGAUGCUGACCUGGCAUUACUACAGGUUUUCCAGCUUGCUGCACAUCUGGUUUACUGGGGAAAAGCAAUUAUUGUCUAUCCACUGUGUGAAAACAAUGUCUAUAUGCUGUCCCCCAAUGCCAGUGUUUGUCUUUACUCCCCUUUGGCAGAGGAAUUUUCAUGUCAGUUUCCUGGCCAUGAUUUGCCGUCUGUGCUUUCCAAGUUCUCUUUGCCAGUUUCCUUAUCAGAGUUCAAGAAUCCGCUAGCUCCGCCAGUACAGGAGACUCAGCUCAUACAGAUGGUGAUAUGGAUGCUCCAGCAUCGCCUUCUCAUCCAGCUCCACACAUAUGUCUGUUUGAUGGUGCCCCCGAAUGAGGAAGAUUUCCGAGCUCAAGAUGAAGACAUGCCCUUCACUGCCAGAGUUGGAGGCAGAAGUCUAAGCACUCCCAAUGCUCUCAGCUUCGGCUCCCCAACCAGUAGUGAUGAUAUGACUCUCACAAGCCCUAGUAUGGAUAAUUCCAGUGCUGAGCUGAUACCUGGUGGUGACUCGCCAUUGAAUAAACGGAUGACUGAGAACCUGCUAGCGAGCUUGUCUGAACACGAGCGGGAAGCUAUCCUCAAUGUCCCUGCUGCACAGAAUCCAGAGGAUCUACGCAUGUUUGCAAGGCUGCUACACUAUUUCCGAGGACGGCACCAUUUGGAGGAGAUCAUGUAUAAUGAGAACAUGCGCCGCUCCCAGCUGGUCAUGCUCUUUGACAAGUUUCGCAGCGUGCUGGUUGUGACCAAUCAUGAGGACCCUGUGAUUUCAGUCUUCCAGUCCCUCUUGAAGUGACUGUGGAGUGUGGGAGGGGAACUGCUCCUCUGUUUUCAGCUCCCUCAGUCGUAAUAGUUUGUUUAUAUAAAUGUUAAUACAGGAGCAGGGUAGCAGCAGCCAGAGGUUCUACCCCUGCCAUUGACCUUCCCAGCGACCCUCAGCAAGUCACCCCUUCUCCCUCCCUUUCACCAUCUGGCUGGGGAUAUAAACCCUGACCUGCGUGUGGACAGAGCUCUGCCCUCAAGAUGCAUGGGGUGGGCUAGAGAGGCACACACAAGUGAAGCUGUUCAGUCCAGUUAGUUCCAGCUUGCAGUGUCUUCCUGAAGUCCCUACCACGGGGCUAGGGUUCCUUGCUUCCUGCGCAGGCUGUGUGUGUGGAGUUGAAGAAAGGUUUUACGUUGGUGUCGCUGAAUAAAUAACAUGCACUUCAACUGGACAUUGGUGCAGCAGAAA